GGAGACUUUUUAUUCUAACCUUAAGAAUUAAGGUCAUACAUGUCAGUUUCCUCUUUGCAUAUAUGUUGGGUCUUUAUGGAUCAUACUCUUUUAAGUUUUAACUUCCUAAGUUAACUUUGUGGUAAUUUAACCAGUAUUUCAAUUGUCGUCAAGGGAGGGCUUUCCUCUUCAAUAAUGUGUAAGUCUCUCUCUCCUCGUUAACACAUUAUAUUAAAAUUUAUGACAUUGAAUUAGAACUUCAUUCAGUAAUUAUUCAAAGCAAGCAUUCUCAAACUUCUUAAUGGUGGUAGUAUGAUGUUCUGUUUUGCUUUGGUUUAAAGAUUGGCCUUAGAAUUCCAAACUAUGGAACUUGACUAAAAUGGAAGAGGAAAUUCACAUAUUCUUCUUUUGCAUUGAUCUUCAGCCUGGUUUGUUUUAAGAUCAGGUUCGAUUGACUUAUUUUAAGGCCUGAUGUGUUGUAAUCCAGGGUGAAUGUAACAGUUGGACGACAAGAAGAGAGGAUGAUGAUGUCUGGUUUGCAUACUGUUGAAGAUAUAUUUUGCUGCAGCUGCGGACAAAUUAUUGGAUGGAAAUAUGUUGUUGCGCAUGACAAAAAUGAAAAGUACAAGGAAGGAAAGUUUGUUCUGGAAAGAUGGAGAAUAACUGAGAUCAACGAGGGAUUGAAUUUGGAUGGCCAUUCUGGUUCAAGUGAUGCAGAAACUCCUUAGAAACUUGCUGCCAACCCUUGCAAUAACUGAUAAAAGCUGUAUAUUUUCAGUGAUUCUAGAUUAUAUAUACAACUCCUGGAACUUAAAAGAGAAACUUGCAUACACACACUGCCUUCUCCUUGGCUGUGAGUAGGUUCAACAUUCUUUUCUGGGAUAUAUGACCCAUGUUUGGGGGUGGUGUUAUUGCCACAGCCACUACGGUUAAUACCACAGCUUUUUUUAAUUAUUUGACUAUUAUACCCCUCAUUUGAAUCCAACUUGCUGCAGUCACCACGUUCUCUGCGUGGGUUAAUGGUCAAUUAAUUAAAAAAGCUGUGGUGUUAACCUGUGAAGCUGUGGCAAUAACACCACCCCAUGUUUGGCUGCUAGAAAUCUAUUGAUGGAAUUCCUGUGGGCAUCGACUGAUAUAGUGUGGUGCGGUGGCCCCAAUGCCUCCACCUGAUCUAAAUUCCAUCUUAAAAAUAAAUGAGUUAUUUCCACUGAUGUUGGAAUCAAUAGCUUGAAUACAAAUCCUCUGCCUUUCCUAAAUAAGGAAAUUAUAAAAUUAUUCACCCAGAGUCUUAUGAUGAAGUAGUUAUGUAUCGUUUUUCUCACUUUGAUGAGGUUCAUUAAUUGAUAUGUAUUUACUUAUUAAAUGAAGUGUGACCAU